AUAUUGGAACCAACGCGUCCGGCUUCCCAAGGGGUAGGGUGAAACGCAGCGUUUAGGUGCAUGAUUCACGUGUUGCGAUGUGGCCUCGCCCAAAGAAAGAAGGAAAGAGAGAAAGAGAGGAGAGCUGCCAAAAGUUGACCGGACAUACCAAACUUGGAAUACCAGUUCCACCCAAUUGUAUGUCAAAGUAGGCGUGUGGGCAACACAACUUUAAUACUCUCUGAAAGCCUCUCUCUCUUUUGAUUCCUUUCUUCCUUUCUCAUUCUGGGUUUUUUGUGCGCCUUAACGUUUACAGAUAGUUUUGCAUUCUGAAAAUGGAUACUUUCUUCAGAGAUUUAAAUAAAGGCUUCCUGACUUCUGACAGUCUGCCUUCUCAGCAGGACAUACUUAGAUGUCCAUUUUUGAGGAACAUCAAUGAACCCACAAAUUUCUCCUUUGCCUCACCCAUGGCUUUCCCAAUGCCUGUGCGUGGAGCAAAAGGUCCAAUUUUUGAAGAUGGUCCCAAUUUUGAUAUGGCAUUCAGGGUUUUCCAUGGCCGUGACGGGGUUGUUCCACUUUCUGGAAGAGUAUUCUUGCGUUCUGAGAAUUUUGAACCUGAACAGGCCCCACCUCAAUUUAAUCCUUUAGCUGCAAAGGCAGCCACAAUCAGUCUGUCAGGCUUUGGUCUUGGAGGACCCUUCAGUUUUGAUUCAUUCUCUAAUAAGUGGAAGAAUCAGAAAAGGGAAUCGAAAUCAUCUAAGAAAGAGCCUUCUUCUGAGAGAGGUGAUUCAAAACAUGAAGCAAUGAGCAACGAGUGGCUAGAAACUGGAAACUGCCCAAUUGCCAAGUCGUACCGGGCUGUGAGCCAUGUCAUCCCAAUUGUUGCCAAGGCUCUUCAACCCCCUCCUGGCAUGAAAUUCAAGUGCCCUCCAGCAAUUGUUGCUGCCCGAGCAGCACUAGCACGGACUGCUAUGGUGAAGAACCUCCGCCCACAACCCCUACCUGCAAAAAUGCUUGUUAUUGGUGUCUUAGGCAUGGCAGCAAAUGUUCCUUUAGGAAUAUGGAGGGAACACACAGAAAAAUUCUCACCUUCCUGGUUUGCAGCCGUCCACGCAGCUGUUCCUUUCAUAGCCAUGCUUAGGAAGUCCGUAUUGAUGCCUAAGACAGCUAUGGCAUUUACCAUUGCAGCCUCUAUAUUGGGACAGGUAAUUGGCUCUAGAGCUGAGAGGAUCCGGAUGAAGACAGUUGCUUCCAGAAGAUUGAAUCUGGCUGAAAAUUCUGUUGUUGGGUCUAGUCAGAUGACCCAGAUCCAAGUAGUUGGAGUUCAAGGUGGACAUUGCGGCAAGAGUGUGGAGUGGGAUCCUGUUGCACUUCAGGUAGCUGGACCAUCAUCACCUAAUGUGUUCUGCUGAUUCUUUUGAAUGCCGGUUUCAUUGUGUGUAUGGUCUUAUUGUUUUCUCCUUUGUCUUUGCUUGAGAGACUUGAAUGUUGUAUCAAUUGAGGGAAUAAAAUUUCAAGGAAGGUGACAUUCUUGUUAGAAGGUUUUUUGAAUUUGAAUGAGAUCUGAUAAAAUGAUGGCAGUAACCAUCUGAGAGAUGAAACUUGACUACAGCUUUGGGAUGAGUGUUGGCCAUGCCUUUGUUUAUUUCCUGAUUUUUUUUAUUCUUAUGGAUAUUUGAAUUGUUCUUUAUAGGAUCAAUGAAUUGCCUUGUUGACCUGAGAAUUGGUCCCUGGAAGUAAUGGUAUUUGAAUUGUUCUUGUUCUUGUGGA